UCAUCAGCGGACCUCUGGGCUGGGACCGCAAGGACUUUUUGCCGACGACGGUGUUGAACAGAGGCGGUUCUCACCCGCGUGCCUUAUGCCAAUUGUGUUGGUCGAGCUCGGAACACUGAGGCGCCCGUCGAGCUCGCUCUGGCACCCGCUGCAGCAACCCGAACGCAGGAACCGCACAAGGGCGUCUGCAUCAACCCACGCCCCCGCCUCACGCGCACGCACUUGCAAAUUCUCGGUCUCCCACCCGAUCUCCGGUAGCAAGCCUCUCCAUUCCAUUCUAGCGCCCGAACGCCACCCGCUGCUCGAGCUCGAGCCAGUGCUUGGCAAUAAUUGUCAGCAUGGCAAACGUGUAGGGCGCAUCAGGCGGGACGUUCAUGCUGACUCACAGCAUUGCACAGCAUUCACCAUACCGAGCCCGACGGAUCAGAAGUGGCGUUCUUUGGUACUUUCUGGACUACUUGUAGUGAAGAAGAUUUCUAUUGCGCUCUAUGCUCCUAGCGUGACAGGCGGAGCUUCUGCGCCAACACAGCCGCGCACAAACACACACCCUUCGCGAAUUGUAAACAAAUGCACUUAAUCAACGCGGAGACUGUAGACCGAGCUCACCGCCAUCAAUCGUCUAUCGGACUUCGCGUCACUAGACGAGUCGUUAGCCGAAAUA